UGGUAAUCUGAAAGCCACACGUGCCAAUCGCCCACCCAGUGCUGCCGUUCUCGUCGUUUCCAUUCCUUCCUUCCUCCACCUCCAAGUUUCCUCUCUCCUUCACCCCUUGUAUACUGCAAUUCCUAAUUUUCUCUCUCGCUGCUGUCUCCUGCCAUGUGUUUGAAGGUACGCUUGAGAACAGAUGUGGUCGGCAGAUGAAGUAUGGCGCUCUCUACCUCUAUUUCCCUACCCUCAUUUCCUCAGUUAUGCUAUUCUAGUCCAAAAUGGAAGCAAAAGAGGGUAGAGUUUCUGAAGCUGCGUAGAAGCGAGUCUAAGUUGUCGUGGAUUGUCAAAUCGGUGUUAAAUAGCAGUAGGCACUCCAGUAUUAGUGAUAGUGGGGCGAGUGAACCGGCUAGGGUUCUUCUGGAGAGGUUGUUUGCUCAGACUCAGAAGCUUGAACAACAGAUAGGUAGGGAUCCAAGUUCGCCUGAGCUCGGUGUGGGUCUUGGUGAGCUCGAAUCGGAACUUCAUGCUGCUCUAGUAGCCUUGAAGAAGAAGGAAGAGGAUCUGCAGGAUGCGGAGAGGAAGGUGGUGUUGGAGUUCAAUGAAAUUCAUCAAGCCAGGAAGAGUUUGGAGCGACGAGAAGAAGAAAUGGCAGCUGCUACACUGAAGCAGGAAAAGCUCGAGGAGGAGCUGAUGGUAGCAAAUGUAGAGUUGGCUUCACGAGCCUUGGAAAUCAGUGAGCUUAAGCUUCAGCUCAAGGAAAGGGAUGAUAAGAUUUCUGCUUCACAAGUAGCACUGUUGGUCAAAGAAGAGGAAAUCGCAAAGAUGGAACAGGAACUGAUGAAGAAGACUGAUGAAGCUGCUAAUGCUGAAUCACAACUCUGCUUCAAGUCCGGGCUCCUGGAUGAAGCAAACAAAGUUGUGGAAAAGCAAGCACUUGAGCUCCAGCAACUUCAGAGAGUAAUUCGAGAGAAAGAGGAAGAGCUUGGAAAUUCCAUUCGGAUGCAGGAAUCUGAAUCUGAGAAAUUGAAGAAUGCGGAAGCAAAGUUGGAGAAGCAAACAAUGGACUGGCUAAUUGCACAGGAGGAGUUGAGAAAGCUUGCAGAGCAAACAUCCAAGCAUGUUGGGGAAGCAAAUUCCACUCUAGAUGAGUUUGGGAGAGUGAAAAAACUUAUUUCUGAUGUGAAAUGUGAGCUUGUUUCUUCUCAAAAAGUUUUGGUUUCCUCCAAAGAGAAAAUGGAAAGUCAAGAUCGGUUGUUGGAAAAACAGCUUAAUGAACUUGAAGAGCUAAGGCAGAGCAUUAUGUCGUAUCUGCCAAGUUUGAGAGAUGCCGAAGCAGAAGUGGAAAGUGAGAGAGUGAAACUAAGGGUUGCUGAAGCUCAAAACGAGGAGCUUAAAAGAGAUCUAUUGUUGGAAAAAGAACUUGUUGCUGAGCUACAGACAACGUUGGAUAAAGAGAGGUCAGCUUUGAAACAAGCAGUUUCAGAACUCUCAGCUCUCCGCGAGGAAAUAGACAGCAAGACUGCUGCAUUUGAAGAGUCACAGACUCUUCUCACAGCUAAAGAGUCAGAACUGGUAGAAGCAAGAUUAGAGAUCCAGCAUUUAAAGUCCGAACUGGUUUCACUUCAACUUAUAUUGGAGCAGAAAAACUCGGAACUCUCAGAUGCAAAAGAGAUGCUGGAGGAACUCAGUCAUCAGAUUGCUGAACUGAAAGGGAUUUUGUCCAGCCGAGAAGAGGAGCUCAUUGGAGCUGUGUCCGAGCUCAAGGAGAAGGGCCAGCAUGUCCUAACAAUGCAACAUGAACUAACCAAUGCACAGUUAAAAUUCUCUGAAGCUGAGGCUGUGGUGGGAAAGAUUGUAGAUCUCACUAAUGAAGUAGUUCUAUCACUCAACGACCAAGGAUACUACGCACUGAUCCCAACUGAUAAGGAAAACCAUGGUUUUUCAUCUCCUUUGCUAGAUAGGCUGCCUGAUAGCUCCAAGUGGCAGGUGAAGCAACUUGAAACUGAACUCGAGUUCACCCGAGAAAGCCUGAGAGCUAAGGAAAUGGAAGUUCUUGCAGCAAAUAAGGAUCUCAUAAUGAAAGACGAGGAGCUAAACGUGGCUAUCAGAAAACUAGAUGCUAAAGAGAAGGAAAUAGCAAAACUGAGAGAGGGAGUCAUGCAAGAUACAGAUCUGAAACAGCUGUAUGAAUUAUCACAGGAGAUAAUUGGUGAGAAAAGCGUGGGUGAAGUCGCAAUUGAGAAACUGCAAUUAGAAGCAGCUCAACUCGAAGUCGAAGCUGCAACAAGUGCACUAGAGAGAAUCACAGAAUUGAGUAGCCAGCUUCUGCACCAAGCUGGUCUGAGUAUCGAGGCCGAGAACGACAUCCUCCUGCAAGAGCAGGAUGACGAUGGUUCUGAGGAGUGUCCGGUGGAAGUCAAAGACGAAGUAUCACGGCUUCUCAGUUUAACUGAGGAUCUAGUGAAAGAUGCAAGUAUGAAUUUAUUGACUUAAUAGAGCCUUAGUAUAUCUUCUAACCCAUUCUUUUAAUUCCAGUGGACUGUUUUCUCAAUGUAUCUUGUAAUUGUGUAUUUUUUUCUAAAA